AAAUCAUCUUUGGAAUUGUAACUUUACUGGCGAGUGCAGGGUGAUUAAGGCUUGAUUUAAAAACUAUUUUGCACUUUUGAAUGAUUUUGCUGUCGUCUGCAUUCUUGCUGAUGCGGUUUUGGAAAAGUGAUUUGCUGUGCAAUGUUUCACGUUAAUUUAUCCCAAGGAGAUCCGACACUCCCAUUUCAGUGACGAAAGCGCUGGUGGUGAAUUUUGGCCCGGUUACUCGCUUGAAUCUGAAGUGCAGCUCAGCGGCUUUGCUACGUUAAUUAAGAGACAGCUUUCAGGAUUGUUCUCAGAUUUUUAGUGAAGGAGUAUUGCCAAGACUUAAACAUUCCAACCAGUCUGGGGAGGGAAAAAAAGUGAAUACUUGCUGUUUGUGCUGCAUAGCUGAGUUAAUCCACAAAAGCAGUCCCGCGAGUUUUAAUGGUUUGGUUUACAGAAUGUCGCAAUCGGCAGUGCAGCCAAAUAAUGAAUGCCUGCCUCUGUUUAAUGCAGAGGAAGUUUUCAUGAUUCACUACUUGCUUUUCAGUUCGCUAUCCUGUUCGUGAUAACAUCUCAUGUUGCAGGUAAAGUUCAUUUGCUUGAACAAUCAGCGUGCAAGUCAAUAGUAUAACAAUUAAUAUUUUGGCAGAACUGCUCUUUCGUGGAUUUUGCUCCUUGCAAUUAAAUGCACCAUUGCUAAUGUCAGAUCAAUGCUCUAAAGGACACUAAUUGGAAAUAUUUGAAGUAAGCUUGCAUGCAACAGCUGCAGUGGAAUGGAGGAAACUUGGCACAAUACAAUACGUGAUUCUCAUCAGUCUGUUUUGACCAGUGACAAACAUGACAGCAAACAUUACAGUGCACAAAUAUCUCCUGAAACAGUCCAUGUUGCACCCCAAUGGACUAUUGAAAACUGUAUAACGCCAGAUAUGCAAGUGUUCCCAUGUAAUAACAGUGGUGGGGCAAUCUCAGCUGACCAAAAAAUCUCUGUGCUCCAGGAUAUAGCUGGACUUGAAUUAGAAGUGGUUGAAGACCAGCCCUGUUCUCAAAGUAGUUCUUCGGAUCAGUACAUGACAGCAAAUUUGAGUUGCAACUCUGAGAGCUCUGCUACAAUAACAGAUCCUGGCUGGUGUUUGCAAACUCUCAAAUUAAGUACUUCUAUCAAAAGUAACCUACCUUAUAUUGAACCCCUUAAUGAAGAUCAUGCUACAGAUUCUGCACAAAAGUUAAAAUCUAUUACAAAUGAAGCAUAUCUUCGGAAAGCAGAUCAUCGUGCUUCAAGUAAUAGCUUGAACUUGGAUACAGUUGAUAAUACCAAUGGUAACAGUAUAGGAAUGAAAAUGUACAUGGAAGGUUUAGAACAUCCAGUAGUGCCUUGCGAAACAGAGUUGGAAAUGAAAGGUAUUAGUCUGGGCAGCACUGAGCAUGAUUCUAGUGCGCUUGUCCUUGAAUCAUCAGUAUUUUCUAAUAGUUCAUAUGAUCCAGUUGUAUCAGAUCAGUCGCUGGAUGUUUUUGAAUCUGCAGGUGAAAAUGAGCUGAUAGAUAACAUGUUGAUGACUUAUCAACUGUCAUCAGAAGUUGACUCUGAUUCCAAGGACUCACUUGAGCAGCAACAGGUUGUAGAUGAAACAGAGGAAGUGCAAUGUCAAACAGACUUAAGUCAGAGUACUGGAUUCUCUCUGAACUCUUGCCAAACUCCUAACCAAGAUUGCUGUGCAAGAGUAGAUUGUGGUAUAACCAAUUCCACUGAUAACCAAUAUGUGAAAUAUCAGCCAAAAGAAAUGUUAGAUGAGCAGUUGGUAGCUGCAAAUGAACGAAGUUGCAAAGGUGACUGCAAGAAACCUAUGAGAAUGACUGCAGCUCAAAGGUAUGAAAUUGAAGCUUGUAGAAAGCCAGCUAACUCAGCAAUGAAUGCCACUUUUAUUGUGCUGCAGGAAAGAAAUGAUGCAAAAUCUGCCUCUAAAGUUAACAAUUGGAAUGCUGAUGCACAGGAACUUGCACAAGCAAAGGAUGUAAAUAAUGAAACAUUCUUAAUUUCAAAUUUAACGAUUCAUGAAGAUGGAAGUUCAUAUUCUCAAACAUCAACCCCAUUACCAGAGUCCACAACAGCUUUUUUCAGCUCACCAUUUCAGAAUCCAACAGGCAGAACUGAAAGGAAUGGUUCAUUAUCUGCAGGAGAGUCUCCAACUAACUUGCAGCUGCAGCCAAAUACAAAGGACCCAGUACAAAAGAAAUGCUGCAAAGUAAAACGUAAUGCAAAUGUGAAAGUCAAAUUGACUAAAGUGGAGAUAAAAUGCUACCCCAAGCCUAACUUCAACAAUGUCAAACCUAAAGUUGUAUCUAGAGUUCAUAUGAGCUUGCCACCAAAAAAUGUCCCCUCUUCAUCAGAGGAUUCAUCAAAAAACGUUCCUAGAUCACCUCUAUCUCCAUGUUCUCAAUCUUCUAAAGCCCUGAAUAAAGGUAGUCUUUCAAAAUCAGCACCAAAACCAAAGACAGCAGUGUUGAAAUUGCAGAAUGUCACAUGUAGGAAAACUUUUCCUGCAAACAAGCAACAUAUUUCAACUGCAGAAAAUAUUUUAAAAUCAAAUGGUAAGAGUAUUCAAACCUCAAUGGCUUCCAAAUUGGCUUUGGUUGAUGAAGCAUCAAGUCAAGUGCACAACUCAUUGGGCGAUCGAAAGUCAUCAUCAUCUAUAAGCACAACUCACGAGCUUAAUAAAACUUUUCACUGUGGUGGCAGGGAGAGAGCCAGUCUUGCAAAGCAGAAUGUUCCUGUUAUUGAAAAACCAAGAGCCAGAUGUAAAAGUUUAGCAGAUGCAGCAGAUCAUGGAGUUGGUUGCAAUGUUCCAGUUUCUAUGGCUGUACUGAAGAAGACUCACAGCACAGAAGUUGUUUUAACUAAGUCUGCACCCAGUGAUCAAGUUGGGCGGAGGCCAUCGUUCAGCAAUAAGAGAAGCUUGCCUAUGCCGUCUCAAUCUGCAAAAUUAAGAGUACAGUCUUCUGUGUCUAAAUUGUCUCUGGAAAGUGUAAGGAAGGAUGACCGCACCAGUGUCAUUCAGGGUCCAACAAAUAAACAGCUACUGCAAUUUGAGGAACAAAAAGCUGCUUCAAAACCAAGGAAUGGAUCAGUUACAGCCACUUUAAACUUGGGAUGUAAAACAGUAAAAGGUACAUUCAACUCUAAACUGCCUGUUCCCACUUCUGGGUUGAAACGAGUUAACAGCAUAUCAUCAAACAGCAGUAGUGUAUCAAUUCAGAGUGUUCAGAGCACUUGCAGUAGUAGAGUUGCCUCAAUUCAUCACAGAGACGCUUCAAGAGAAUGUUUACUCUCUGCAUGUGCCAACCGUAUUCAAAAUCAAUCUGCUUCAGUACUAAAAAAUAAAUCUGCAUCUGUCAAGACCCCGUGCAAAGGAGCAUGGAGAAAUGCAAACACUGUGAGCAGGAUCCUUCCAGGAUCUGUCCCAAGGUCCACCAGACAAUUAAGCACUUCCAGCAAGUUAAAAGCUGACAGAACUUGGGUGAAGUCCAACUCUGCACAGAAGACAGGCUCCCAAUCUAAUGUGUCAAUCCAGGCUUCAGAUUUGCACUCAGUAGAGAAGAGAACCCCUGGGCUAUAUCGCUACAGAACUACAUGUGAGAAGCAGGCUGCAUCAAUUGCAAAGCUGAAAGAACUGUUAAAAGCAAGUAACCAAAGAUGUGAAGCAUUUGCAAUAGUGGUUCAGUAUCUUCAAGUCCAGAAGGAGGAAGUGGGCAAACGGCACAAGGAAUUGUCUCAAGAGUUGCUUACUUUACAUCAUGAACUAGAAACGAGGAAUUCGACCUGUCUUCGAUUAGAGAAGGAUCGGGAAGAACUGCAAAAAAAAUACGAAGGAGUCAUUGAAAAGCUGUCUGAAGAACACCAGAAUGAGCUUAAAGAGUUGGAAGAAAAGUUGGAACAGCUAUUCAAUGCAGAGAAGAUUCAUUUAGAGCAAAACUUCAAAAAAGAUGUGGAAAUUCUGCAAAAAGAGCUGCAAAAUGAGGUGGAAAACAUAACCUCCAAGCAUGAAGCCCAUAAACUAGAACUUAUUGCAAAUCAUGCAAAGAGCCUGGAGUCCCUUGAAAGGGGCUAUCAGCAGUCUUUGGCAGAACUGACGAGAUCACAUGAGUUGGAACAGAAGACACUGGAAGAGGACCUUAAAGAGAGACGAUUGCUAUUUGAGGAACAAAUUGCAAAACUGAAUGAGGAAAAUGAUUCUUUGAAAGAAGAAAUCAAAGCAAAAGAAAUUGCAAAAGCACAAAUGCAGAAAGAUCAAAAAGUUGACCCCGUGAGCCUAUAUUUGGAGCAAGAAUUGGAAAGUCUGAAGGCAGUGCUUGAAAUAAAAAAUGAGAAAAUACAUGAUCAAGAAAAAAAGCUGAUGCAGAUGGAAAAACUGAUGGAGAAGCACGUAGUGCUGGACGAAAAGCUUAAAAUUGUACUUCAAGAAAAUGAAGACCUAAAAGCUCGAAUGGAUAAGCACAUAGCUGUUUCCAGGCAACUAUCGACAGAGCAAGUGGUUCUACAAGAGUCAUUGCAGAAAGAAUCAAAAGUCAACAAGCGUUUAUCUAUGGAAAAUGAAGAACUUCUAUGGAAAUUGCAAAAUGGAGAUGUUCUUAGUCCUAAAAGGUUGUCACCAAGUUCCUCUUUCUCCUUUCAAUCUUCCAGAAAUUCAACAUCCUCUCUUUCUGGCCCUGGACCCUUACCAAGGUGAUGCAUUCCAAGUUUUUUUACACCAUUAAUUAUUGGAACACACAAGGGCUAUUGGAUUUUGAACAUGGCAAAUAAAAUACUGUUCUGUUAUGGUGUAACAUUAUGGAAAACAUUGUUUUUAGUAUCUACAGUAUAAUUGUGUAUGAUCUGUAUAUAAAACUUGUUGCACAAAGCACUUAAUAUAAACAGCAAGAGUCUUGCUUUUGCCUUUUUGCCUAUUAAAAUAAAACUCAGGGCAUGUAGAUUAUUUUUUAGCAAAUUUGUGUGUUCCUCAUUUGUGUAAAACAUUGGUCUGGUACACAGACAAUUGUAGAUAGGUACUGAGGGUCACCUUCAUGGUGAGCUGACAGGAUGUUGCUUGAAUUCUAUUCCCAGCAAAGGGUGAUUAAAAUAAUGUUGGAAGAACUAGGCAAUAUCCAGAUGAAACUUGGUUGUUUAACAAAUGUCAGGAAAUGCUUGUGCAGUGUAUAGUCCUUGAUACGGUUAAAAUUGGUCAGAUACCUGUAUGUAAAUUUAUCUUCUCUUGGAAGCUAAUGGCCAGAAAAUGUAACAUCAUAGCAUUCAGGAUUUGCUGUUAUAAUGCAGAAAGAUGCUAUUAGAUUAUCUAAGCACUUACUAUUCAAGGAACAUUUAAUAUUAGGCUAGAAAUGCAAGUAGAACACUUAAAUCCAUUGCAAUAUCUGGCUGCAUAUUGCUUGCCUCCUUUAGUUCUAAUGAAUUUUUGUGAAAUUUCCAGGACAGGCCAGAAUUUACCUGCUCAAUCCUGUUGCAGGGUUUCAUUCUACCUUGCAGGACAUUGAGCUGUAUUGUUAAUGGGUUUAAACAAGUCUCUGCAUGGUUCAUAGAGGAUGUAGUUCUAAACAACCCAAAAAAAACUAGGUGUUUUGGUGACAGUAUUUGUUAUAAUUUUAUGAACUUAGUUUUUGUAAUAGAUGAUGAGUUGGACCUGGGAGACUGUAAUGGAAUGCUGGGAUUGAUCAAAAGUAGUAAAAUUAUGAAAUACCAAGUGUCAUAGUUUGACUUCUGACACCAAAAAUUGCACCAUUCUCUUCAGAGAAGAUUUGUAGCUUUUCUGGAACUUGUCUCUAUUGGGUUUGUGGCUGGACAUAUAUAAGUGAUCAUUUCAGUCUUUCCUCUACCUUUUUUGAAACAGCUUGUGAAUCUGCAGCCCUGUGUAGAUCCCCAGUGGCCAGAAAGAGAGCCCACAUAUUCUGGUUUGGAGUACUUGUUAGAGCUGUAGGUUCUGGAAAUUGAAAGGAAUCCUUUUGCUGUUAUUUUGGUAGAUUAACCCCAAAUCAAAAUGAUCUGUUAGCUUUAACAACCUCCAUGUGCAAAUUAAUGAAACACUGCUUUUAAAUUUGUGAUCAUGAUAGCUCCAUUAUGCAUGAAUGCAAUAAAGGUGAGAAUGGCAUUCUUUUCACAAUCUUGUUAAAGUAAAUAAUUGUAAUGCAAUUGUUCUAAUUAUACUUUAGUUACUUCUAUUGAUAUUAUUUAUUCUUGACAUGCCCAUGAGCUGGUGAAUUCCAAAGACUGAGGAUAAAUCUUUAGAAAAAAAUGUUGAAAAUUGCUUUUUAGCCCAGCAGAAAUUGUGAUUUUGUUACAUUGAACGUGAGUGAACCCAUUCUACUGUAUUGAUAUAUAUAUAUAUUAAAAGUGAGCUGUCUGUUUUUGAAUUCCCAAAUGAAAAUUGGCAUUUGCCUUAAAUGUUUUCAAUUUUGUCUUGAUGUUUACUGAUUUACAGUUCACUUUACAAAUUAAUCAGUAUGUAGAGUUGUAUCUGAUUUGAGUUGCAUAGUAUUGAAUGCUUCAAUUUCUCAGGCAAAUAUGAUAAUUUUAAGUGGAACAGCACUUGUUUCUGAUCUGUGUACUGGUAACUUUAUACACUGGAUAAAAAGGAACCUCAAUCAUUGUCAUAAAUUCUGUGUUUAGAUUCAUUUAACCUAUAAAUUGGGGAGAGCCAGAAAAUUGGAUUUAUUGAUGGCUCUCAUUUCUAUGCAAUGUCAUCCCACAAACUUGUAAACAUCUUGAUGUGGAUCUGCAAUACUAAACAUGUUAACUUUCUGAUCAAAACAUUCCAGUAUUCGUACAGGUUUUCAAGUAACACACCUAAUGCCUUUACCAUUUUUUUUGUCUAGUGCUGGUACUAUAUGAAGUAAAGUCUUGUUUCAUCAGUUGUGAAAAUGAUUUUGUUUAAAAUAAAGUCGUCUGCCUCAUUUCAAUCAGAAUUUUAAAUAAUUACCUUAAUCCUAACAAUAACCAACUGGAUUGAUUCAAAGGUAUUUCUCAUAUUUGAUAGACCAAUGCUUAUUAUGCAACUCAUGAGUUUUUUUCUUCAUUACACAUACGUGUUUUUGAAACUCAUUUAUGCACAUGGGAUGGGCCUGAAGUUUCCUGUUGCAAAGGAAUGUUAGUUGAUCACACCUGUAUUAUGUGAAUGUCAGUUUAAAAAGAGAUGUUUUCUUUGUGAUCCAUAGAGAUGCAUAAUUAAAAAAACCCUCACAUUUACUGAUGCUUUUUGGAUGGUUUUAGGUACUUGCAGUAUUUUAACUAGCAUAUCCUUAGAAGCUAGUCUGUUAUAUUUAAAAAAAAACUCCCAUCUUCAAAGUAUUUGUUAUAGUUUGGAUAACUUUGGAAUUAGUUCAACAAGAUCUAAAGUGAAUUUAUAAUGUGUACUUUCUGCAAACUAGAGGCCCAAGGCAAAAAGGGCAAUAGUUAAAGUACUUUAACAAAGCUAAAUAUCUUGAUUUCAUUUUACAUGUACCUUGUGCAUUGAUCAAUUUUAAUCUUUUGCAUUGUAAAUGUAUUUGUUGCUUCCUGGUUGAAUAAAGUCAUUACUGUUUUCUCUAAUCAAACU